CGGCGGCGGCGGCGGUGUUGCUGCUGGUGGUGCGUGUGCGCGCGGUGCUGCCUUAACGGCGUAUCGGUGCAGACGGUGGCUUUAUACUCGAAGCUGCGGAAGGGCCGCGAGCUCGGCCGUGCUCUGAUGGCCUGAUACAUACUGCGGGACGCGUUCAUGAAGCUCCACUGCCCUGACUCGUCGAGUGAGUAGUAGAGUUUGUGACAUUUUAUUGCUUCGUGUCGUGGUGAUCAGCAGCAGUGUCAAAGCGGAGGGGCAAAACGAAGGAAGGGUAGGAGAGAAAGAGAUAGAGAGCGAGAAAGAGAGAAAGAGAAGGGGGGAGAGAGAGAGAGAGAGAGAGACCCUUGCGGACGCGCCGAGUCGUACCCCGUCGUGCACCUUCUUCUCUCUCUCCCUCGGUCGCUUUCCCUUCCCCUCGAUCAUUCGCCAGGGUAUCCUCCGCCGGGAAUGCCGUGUGAAUCGCUUGACACCGCUCGACCACGGUGACCGUGACGAUGACAGCGGCAACGAUAACAAGCGAGUCCGCGUCUGCGAGAACGUACGACCGCCGGCGGCGCGACACCAGCAGGAACGCCGUGCUCCGGCCGUCCCUCCUCCGUGGCGGCCGUUAAAUCGGCAUCGGUCGAUCGAGAUCCGGGGAGAGUAGGGAGAGGAAGAGGCGAUUUUUCGCCGGCAAAGGGAACAGCGGGGAAGAAAGGGGGAGAGAGAGAGAGAGCGCGCGCGCUUCCUCCUCGAGGCUGAUUAACAACUGGCCCGAGGGACGUGAAGUGAUCGAGUCGAUUUCUUUGGAGCGGCCGCGAGCCUGGGCCUCGGCCGAAGCGCAAUAAAUAUCGACCACAGGAGUGGAGGCUUAGCGCUGCGAAAAGUGGACCAUUCGAUCGGGCCACGUCAUAUCUCCUGCGCCCGGCAUCGUCGUCGAAAAGGCGCGAGAUGCACUACGAUUGCGACAUGUGCGCGUUCCCAGGGGGUGGCUCGCGCCCUUUACGAGUAUUAGCGCCAACCUCUUGCCAAGUGCGCGCUCCUCGCGCGGAGCACCGCUCGGGGAUUCGCUGUAAUAGAAUCCUCCGUGAAUCGGGUAGACACUAGUGCGGGGUGACGGGGUGACGUCGAUUUUCGGGCACCGUCGUGAGAAAUGCCGAGCCACUUGAGAACUGAGAAAAUGUUGCUAGCAAGCUGUGUCCAUGGUAGUGCCCCGAUGUCACGCAGUAUGGCAUCUCGAGAGAUAUGUCAGUAAACAUAUAUAAUAUCAAUUCUCUAUAGUUCCUGUCAUGAAUCAUAUUGAACGGUGGUCAACGGUUCGUCUAUAGUAGUGUCGGAACGUAGCGAUAGAAAUAUCUGUCUCCCAGUAAUUCGACUUGCAUAUCGCUGGAUAACAAGCGGCUCUGAAUUUGCUGAUGGUAACGCGAUGAUGCAUUUAUGGCAGUGCCAAUGCAGUGAUAGUGUAAGGUGAUAGUGUCCAUUACACAUUUUUCGGAUGUCCUAUCGCGCUGCUAACGCAGUAUUAACAUGUUAAGUGAACGUGCGGGGGUGACUGGAGUGAUGGGAUGGGGCCAGAGCCCCAUGGAGUUCGGGUAGACCCGUCUCCGGCCCAGCUCCCCAGCCCCCUCCGCCAUCGGUAUCGUCACUGCUCCUGCCAGCGACGCAGAGGGCCGCCUCGAUCGCGAUGGAGGCCUCUAGCAAUCAACAACAACAGAAAGAGAAGGAGCCACGCAUUCACAGGCCUUGCGCCUUCGACAAGAUGGAGGGGCUGGUGCGGGAGAUGCAAGACCCUGAGAGCGGGGUACCCGUGCGCAGCCAAAAACAAUUUCUCACCUCGAUCCCUUCAGCGUUCAUGGGUGAGUGCCAACGGUACCUGCGUUGUGGAGUAAGCGUAAGCGGCCAACACGGCCAGGACACUACAGUAGGCUGCCUGCAUGUUGCAGGUUACGACCUCAUCGAGUGGCUGAUGGAGCGGCUUGCCAUCGAAGAAUCAGUAGAGGCGGUCCAUAUUGCUAAUCAACUAUGCCAGUACGGCUAUUUCUUCCCGGUGAAUGACUCCAAGACGCUCACUGUAAAGGACGAUAGCUCUCUGUAUAGAUUUCAGUCACCCUAUUAUUGGCCGUGGCAAAAAACCCCCGACAACGUGGAGUAUGCGAUUUAUUUGGCUAAACGAACUCUGAGGAACAAGCAACGCCACGCUCUCGAGGAUUACGAGCUCGAAGCUUUGAAUAGCCUGCGCAAGAACCUGCAAAACAAAUGGGAUGCGAUACAGAUUCAAGCCGAGGAACAGGCCCAGGUACGCAUCGCCAAGGAGCGCAAGAAGGGGGACAAGAUAGUGAGCGAUUCGCAAGAACGAGCAUUUUGGAGAGUCUAUCGACCGCCACCUGGUUGCCUCAGUAGCCUGGAAGCCGUGCCCGUGCCCACUCGCUUUCGUCCUGGAAUUCCACGACCUCUGUCACGUAAACGCACUCUCGCCGAUCUACAACGUGAGGUGUCUUUUUUACGGAACAAUUUGAUACGCACGAGAAUAAAGGUUUCGACUGCGGUCGAAAAUUUGAAAUCAUACUUUGAAACGCACGUGGAAUACGACCCCAUGUUCGUACAGCCGCAACCUUCCAAUCCGUGGAUUACCGACGAUCAUACGUUUUGGCAACUGAACAGUCCUUUAGUGGAAGUUCCUACGGAGAAGCGUGUCAAGCGAUGGGGGCUGUCGAUGGAAGAACUUAUGUCCGAUCCUAGAGGUUUACAAGAAUUCACGAAUUAUUUAAAGAAAGAAUACAGCCACGAGAACAUAAGAUUUUGGGUGGAAGUUAAGAAUCUCAGGCACAGCAACCAAGCGCAAAUACCUGACACAGUCAACAAAAUUUUUAGAGAAUUCCUGGCACCUGGAGCUCCCUGCGAAAUCAACAUAGACGGGAAAACGAUGGAGAGGAUUCAUCAGGAAAUGAAAAACCCGAGCAGAUUUACAUUCGAUUCCGCCGCGGAGCAUGUAUAUACGCUACUUCUAAAGAAGGACUGCUAUCCUAGAUUUAUUCGCUCCGAUCAAUACCGUAAUCUCUUAGCUGCUGGCGUACAACCUCUGCAAAAAAAGAGAUUUUUCGGUUUCGGCGGGCAAGCCAAAAAGAAAGUUUCCUCCACUUCGACACCAACGUCUAGCACUUUGCAGCACAUAAGUAGUAGUGGUAGCGGCGGUAGGCGAAGAGGAAGCGACCGGAGUCUGACCGGAAGUGCUCACGAACUUGCCGUGUGCGGCGUCCGCGACGUCGCUUCCGCGCCGCGAGUGCCGCACUCCCACAGUCAAUCGAACCUCACUGACAUCCCAUACAGGGGAGAUCUACCACGACUAAAGAUACCUUCGAGGCCUAGUCCACGUAGUAUUCAGGAUGCUGGCGCGACGGAAGUGGCGGUUCGCCCUAUGGACGACGUGUGCCCGUGGGAGGCCGUGCCGGGACCGAGCACCGAGCACGGAUCGGCGAACGCCGAGUCCUCUGGAGGGACAGCAUCAGCUGAUCAAGCCCGGCACGUGUGGGACAGCGGCGGUCACGCGACAAUCGCGCACUCCGCCGAGGCCGCGCGCGCCUCCCGCAAGAAUUCCGCGCAGCUGGACUCCUGCAGCUCGUCGUCGGACGUCAGUCUCGCCAUCGCGGAGGUCUCCGAGCGGCUGCGGAAGUCAUGUAGUUUGCAACAUAGCGGUAGCAUAGGUGCAUCGACUUCAGGUCCUGGCCCAAUAACGCGAAACUAUUCUACCUGCUCGGCGAGUGGCCGCAUUAGGCUAUCCGAGACGAGUCGCGCAUCCGUGUCGUCAUGCAACUAUCCGUCUCCCCAGCAAUCAUUUGAGUACUCUCACGCGGUCGAGAAAAUGGAAGAGAAGUCGUCCCUGGAGAAGAUUGUGCCCGAGGAGGAGACGCUCGCGGAAACCGUCAUCGUGAGGGAAAACCAGCCAAGUCCCAAGGCGAGCUGUGCGAAAGCACCCUUGAUCAGCAUCAGUGCGAUCGUGGGUGACCUGCCAAGCGACAACUCCACGAUGGAGAACGUCGAGGAGGAGGCGAGCGAGAGCUGUACAGCGAGAGACGCGGGGGAGAUCGGCACAGAGGAGAGGACGAAGGACGAGGAUUCGCGGGCCGACACCGGGGCGGACGUGUCGCCGGUGCCCGAGGAAUCGGCGACGACCGAAGAACCGCCAGAGGAGUCGCAGGUCGUGCCUGUCUGGGAGCCGGACGCCCAGCAGGAGGACCAGUCGGCUGCUGCGCAAGCGGUACCUCGGGAGAAGCGUGACAAUAAUGUUAACGAAGUAUGCCCGUGGGAGGACGAGGAGAACUGUAGAGUGGAUGCACCCUAUGUAAAAACCUAUGCGACUUUAGGUUACUUGUAAUUUGUCGUUGAUAUUAAAAAAGGAAUCUUGCAUUUUACAUUUAAAACAUUCACAAAUCCGAUUUCCACUUUGAUCCACUUUGCUGAGUUGUUCGCUCGUGUUCGCGUGUUCAGAGCGCCGUUUACGCGACGGAACUUGGACCGUAUUGUAUUACACGAGCGACAGAGACCUUUUGGAGAUGAAGCUUAUCCUGUGUGUCUAAGCUUUCUACGGGAGUCGCGGUGAAACAAAUUUGUUUGCGAUCAUUUGGAUAUUCGCGGAUCCGCGAGUUAUGGAAAAUUAUGGUAUUGCCUGAAAAAUAGAGGUCGCGUGCGAUUUAUUCGAUCGAGGACCGAGAAAUGCGAAAAUGUAACACGGUGAAAACGAGUAUCGGCGUCUAGUCGCUAACUUUGCAUCGAAUAACUAUUAAUAUUACACUAUUAACAUGGCCUAACGAUCCUACUCGCGCAGGAGAUCAGGAUCCACAGUGGAUUCACAUGGAAUCUCGACUCACGAUUAAACAUUCGGAUCUCUUUCGUCUUUUCCGACAUAUAGAUCUAUUUGACCUCCCGCUACUUAUACCAUGUUUGUGGUAUAUGUGAGUUGGAAGAUACGUCGCUAUUAAUUAAUUAAUGAAAACCCUGAGAAAGAGGUCGAAUGCUAUUGUCCAGUUGUAGAAACGCUAGAGAGUAGCCUCUAAACAUUGUUGUACAUAGAUUAAGCGUAGACGAAAGAUAUUUCAAAGACGUAUUAGGUGAUACGAAUGCCGGAUACCGUAGACCGUGUCUUUUUCUGUCGAGUUUCGCGUUCAAGCGUGCAACAACAACGUGUUACCGAGCAAGUAGCAAGUAGCGAGUAAGUUCCAGCCUGCGGAUUGGGAACUCGUUAUACUCGAUUCAGUAUCCCGCGCAAACGCGUGCUCUUCGGGUGCCAGCCAAAGUUGAGCCUGUACUUGGCCGCUCUCGAUGGUCGCGCUUUUCCGGAUGCUCGUUCUUUCGCGGACCGUACUUCGCGAAACUUUGCGUUUCCACGUUUCCCGAUAUACGUUACAGCAUAUGCGAGAUUGAUCCGUGACAGGAUCACCACCGAUUGACGGAUUCAUCGAUUAACAAUAUCGCGUGAAGAGUGAAUAUAUCGUGAUCACGAGCAUUCUCGAAACAUUUUUUUUACUUCCGGAAUAUUGCAUUUCCCAAUGUGCGACGUUAAUAAUUUACGCGCGAUAUCGAUGUGCACAUCCGCGUCUCACUUAGAAUUACUGCCUAGAGCUAGCCAUGUUUAGCAAGCGUUCGAUAUUAACUAUAUCGACAAUUUAUCGUGACCUGAUAUAUUCUAAGUAAGUGUCUAACUAUAUAGAUGGUAACUCCGUGUUGUAAUUCGUCGUUUGUCGCAAUCGCCUCUACGAUUAAGUAAGACCGACACCGUCGACGGCGGAUCAAGGCGAUUUUACGGCGCUUUACUCGUUGAUCCUCGCUUAAGCAAAUCGCGUUCGCGUUUCGAAUUUAUGAAGAAAGAGUAAAAGAUUAUUCAUGCGAAUCUAAGCAGCUCUUAAGUGUCCAUUGCUCCGGAUCCCUGGUCCUGUUACUGCCCGCAGGAACUCCGAUCCGGCGCUUCGAAACCGAAGAACGUGUUGUUUCAAUUACAAAAAUGCGUAAGAAGAAAGUUGUGCUCUUAACUGUAACGUUGAUGUUCUUUCGUGUGUAGUUUUUAAGAUUAGAACGACACAUAAUUGUUACAUUAUAAUUCUUGACGAUUUAUCUCAUGUUCGAUCGCGAAUUUUACAACGACUCUGACAGCCAAUCUCUCGUUUUCCUCGGCGAAGGGGAAAUAUUAAUUCGGUAGAAUGAGAAAUGAGCAUCUAAUUAUGUCGCACAUUAUGAGAAUAGCAGGUCAAGAAUGAUAAGAAGAAUAAAUCAAAGGAAAGAGAAUGCGACGUUUAACACCCGUCGACACUUUCCAACAACAAACGAGUAUCGAACUUUUAUAAUUUAACACAAAUUCUUCGAUUAAUUUAAAUAAUAAAGAACACAUUUGUGUGUAUUUACUUUCCAUGCGAAGUAACGAACGCAUAAAUGAAGCAUAUUCGCAAGAGCGAAGCAUACUGAUGAAUUUACUGAGAGGCAACGAGCUCGCACACCGACGAUCUGAACACGCGAACGUAAUCAUUAAGGAUUCUAAAAGUAUUCAUGACGGUCAUAUUGUUAAUUCAGCAGCUCAACUUAAGUACCGUAAUGUUCUUAUGAUAGGUUAGUGGAUAAUAAUAUAUUAUAGAGAGUAAAGAAAAAAAAAAGAUAAAAACACAUGUCCCGCGAUUGUUAAGGGAGUGAACAUGAUAUACUUGCCACCGUACGAUUUCGUUCGCGUCACGGCAAUUACGAUAUAUAUCGGAUUACUUUUCGACUCGCUCGCGCUCGAACAUUUAAUUACACGAGCCGACAAGAUGCGCAUUGCAGUCAAGCAUUCAGGAAGUCACAGAGGACCCUGAAGAGGGAACACUCAGACGCUGGGGAGAGCGCGAAUUCUAAACAGCAAGGAGAGGAGCCAUGGAGCAAAUCAAAAAAAUUAUACUCGCCUAAGGAUGCUGUUCUGUGUAAAUAAUUUCCGACGUCAUCGCGCAUCGCUCUUUCGAAAAUCUUGGAAAAUAUAUUAUAUUCAUUAUAUUCGCAAGCCAAAGACCUCAUCGUCGUAUAAUAACGCGGGGGUGCGCGCAAAGGCGCUUUGCGGGGCGUGUUCUUCGUGUUUUCUCUGUCGCGAAAACCGUGAACUACACAAUUUUUCAGGGCACUUUGCGAAAAAUUAGCAGAAAGAAUUAUUUCCGCUUAUUUAUUAAACUGUUACAUUUCGAAAAUAUUUCUCUUUUCUAUCUUCACUUUAAUUUAAUUAAAUUUCUUAUUAAUUAAUGUUUCUGUUUGUGCAACAUUUUCUGUAAAUCUGAUUGUAUUAUGCAACACUUUUAUUAUUUUUAAUUAUAAUGCUUUAAUUCCAUGCACAAAUAAUUCCGACAAAAUCAAUGUCACACAUAUUUAUCACAAUUAUAUUAUUUGUCGACGAAUGUUAUUUCGUGCAAGAAUGAUGACUUACGUAUGAUGACUCACGACUUACGUGAAUAUCAAAACGUUACUAUAUUAUUAAACGUUAAUUUAAUUGCAAUUCAUAAUUGGAGCACGACUUCGACUCAAUCCGUCUCGCGUAAACGUCCGUGAUCGUUCAGCAUGGUUCCGUAUUAACGCCGUAAUAACGUAAUAACGUAACGCCGAUAGACCGCAGCAACCUUGAGCGCAUCCCUCAUACUGAAUUUUGUAUAACUUUGAAUCGUGACGCCUGGCAUGUACAUCAGGAUUACAUUUUUAGCAUGUCAUUAUCAGGAUCGCAAGUUUAGCUCGGAAAGCUUUGUCUCGAGAGCGAUCAACGGUGUAUAAUAUGAAAACAUUGAACUCUAAAAUAUUGAUAAUGUCUCUUUGUUAUUCCAAUGUUGCGAUUAACUCUUUGGCUAAUUGAAAAGAAACACGCAAUUAUUUCGAGUGCAUGAUUAAUCCGGCAGAGAUGGCACUUAUAUGAUAGAACGAACGAAACGUGAUUAGUUUGCGUUAAUAGAAUAAUAGAAAAGAUAAUAGAUAUGAAUAAAGUCCAAAAAAUAUCUUUCUAAAAUAGUAUAAUAAUAACCGCUGAAAUAUUAUUACGUAAUGAGAAAUUAACUUGCAUAAAUUAUUCGUGUUUUGCAAGUUGCACGCUGAAAAAGUCUGCAAGAUCCGGUGCCACCAUGUAUACAUAUUGCUUUAUACAGUGUUUCUAAGUGUUUCGUUUUAUAAAAAUGUUUUUGCGACUCGAGCAGAACUGUACAUAUUGUUGAAAUAGUGUAUUUAUAUAUUUUUGUGUCGCACACAAUUUAUAAAUUAUAUUUUUAUCUAGUUAUAAUGUGUAAGCAACAUUUUUGUGAUAAGCGCGAUGACACUGUUAUCGCGUUUAUCGCGAAGAGGUCGGAGCUGUGACGGGAUGGUCUUAAUUUAGAAAAUGAAAAAAACGUCAAGGAUUAUUGUCAUUAUAAUUAAGAGAAAGAUGGAUUCAUAGGACGCGGGUAUUUUGAUUAUUGAAGAAAUUAAACGGGUCUGUGCUAGAUCUAGCAAACAAGACGGGACAGUUGCCCGACAAUGCAUUUGCACCGAUCAAAAAACCAGCACACUAUCGCGCUUCUACGCUGGAUUAACAUUUAGUUACUCGAAUUGCCAUGAAUCUGCAAUUAAAAGAGCGACAUUACUUUGCUCGAAAUUGCCAAGAUUCGCGUAUGCGUGAAGCAUUAUUGUACAAGUGUGUAUUUCACGCGUUGCCUAAACAUGUAAAACGCCAUCGAUAAGCGAGUGAAAAUUUGCGUGUAAAUGUAUCAAUGGGUUCGGAAAAGUACAAGCAUUCUUUACUACUCGUAUUCAUUUUUCGAGAGCAUUAUCUUAAUCGAAAGGUGUAAGCAGUUACAUUCAAACUACUCCCAGCAAAACCGAUUAUUCUAGUGAAGAAUACGCUAUAGCGUCUCUCUCACGAGAUUCUUAUAUUAUUAUACACAUUUGACGUGGGACGCUAUCGCGACUCUUGACGCGCUACAGUUAAAAGACAGGUGAUGCAGAUUUUGAGAUCUGCGGAAGUUUUUCGUUCAUUACGACAAUCUAGAAAAUUUCACGAUUUUGUAUUUAUCAGAAUGUACGGAAUGUGUAUUAAUUUACUAAUUCAAAUUUCUCGGAGCAGUAUCAAGAAUGUGCGGAAGAAAGCUGAGAUCCAUUAAUAACAGGCAAGAUCUAAGGAUCCAAACAUUUAAUUCCGGAUUCUUUAGAUCGAUCAACGGAAUUUUUUUAUGUUCCAUCGAUGAAAGACAGUUGCAUUUUCGUCACGCCAUCGUAUCGUUAAGUAUAAAAAAAAUGUAAGAGAUUUUGUGUAGGUCCACAAUUAUCGCGAAGAGGUACUCUAUCCUUUUUCCAAAAUUACAUUUUGCACAAAACAUAUGUGAUGUAAUAUUCACAUAAAGCCUAAGAUGAGAACGCUAGCAACAAUAGUGAUAAAAAUCUGUAAGCAAUCAUCAUCAAACUUACGACAAAAAAAUGAAAA